AUGGACAGAGUGAUCCUUGCCUCUCUCCUCCGAGGCUUAUACACUGGUACCAUCGCCACCGCCCUAUGGAAUUGGUGCACCCUGCUCAUGAUCUACAGAGUCCUGGCUGUCGUGCGGGUGAUAGAUGGUGUGGGAGCGUACUGGCAUGUCCUCGAGGUCUCAGUGGAAUCUUCAGCACUGUAUUCAGUCUCGUUGGUUUUGUAUGUGGCAUUCUUUGCAUGGGGAAGUAACACACUCUAUUAUGCUGAUCCUAUUGCUGGGAUUACGAGGGGUAUUGCACCGACGCUACUUGUGGGCUGUGUUGCAGUGGGCCAUGUGCGUGUGCGUGUGGAGGAGUUGUGGAAUGGGAGUGUGAUGACUUCUCCGCUGCGCUUUGGGCAGGAUAAGACUGGGAAGAGCUCCUAG